AAUAUCUCAAUUUCUUUCACAUUCAACAAAUAUCUUCGUGCCUUUUUUCCAUAUUCAAACCCUAUCUAUACAUAUAUUGAAAAUGACAGACAAAUACCAGCCGGAGGUCCAGCAAGGAUACCCUUUGGCCCCGGCGACAGUAGUCCCGAGGAGCGACGAGGAAUACGGCCGCUACUCCAGCCAAUCUGAGGCGGAGAUGAAGAAGAAGAAGAGGAUGAAAUGCAUUGCAUACAUCGCGAUUUUCGCGGUUUUCCAAGUGGCGGUGAUCCUAAUUUUCUCCCUCACCGUGAUGCGCGUGAGGACGCCAAAGGUGAGGCUGGAGAAUAUCGUCAUAACCUCCAGCCCUACCUCCAGCGACCUAAGGCUGAGUGCGCGGAUCACGGUGAAGAACACCAAUUUCGGGCGUUACAAGUAUGAGAGUACGCUGGCUAGUAUUAGGUCUGGCAACGGAGGAGGCCCGGUGGCGGAGUUUGCGAUCGAGGAGGCGCGUGCGAGGGCGCGUUCGACUAAGAAGGUCAAUUUUGUGGCGGAUUUGGGAAGCAGCGGCACUGGGAAUGCGUCGGGGACGAUGGAUUUUGUGGUGGAGGCGAGGAUGAGAGGGAAGGUGGAGCUGAUGAGGGUGAUCAAGAGGAAGAAGACGGCGGAGAUGGCUUGUAACUUCACUGUUGUUUUGGCGAACAAUGGUGUGCAGAAUUUGACAUGCAAGUGAUGGACUUCUUUUAUUUAUUUGAUUGUAUAUUGAUUUUGUUUUAUUGUGCUGUGUUGUGGUUAUAUUGGUUUUGAACUUUUGAUCAUGUUGUUUAUAAUAAUAAUUUCAUCUAUUUUUGCUUA